GACAAUUGUUAAACCUAUUUGUUUUUUUUCUGAUGACAAUUAUAUAAUGAUAAAAUAAUGAUGAUAAAUUCAGUGGAUGAUUUAUCACGAUUAAACGUAUCGGAUGAGACAACACCAUUGGGUGUAUUUCUUGUUAAAUCCGAUAGUACCGAAGAGAAAUUAUUGUUUCGUUUCCCGUAUGUGAUGAUUGAUGAACCGAUUCCAUCCAUACAAUAUAAUCAAAAUCAAUAUGCAUUGAUUAUACCACAGGAUAAUAAUAAUAUAACCAAUCUAAAUAAUCGUACGACGAAUAUUCUGAAUGAUUCAACAACAACACAACAACAAAGUUCACUAUUACCCGCAUAUACUGAAUUGACAAGUUCAUCCAUUUCAAUUGAUAAUAAUGAUAAAGUGGAGAUAACCAAAGUUAUCGGUCUUACAGAUUCAGCAUUUUCCAAUCUAUUUGGCGCUGUCAAACGUAAAUUAUGUGAUCAAAAAUUUGAACUUAAAGUAGAUAAUGUUCGUUUUGUUGGCCAUCCAAUGCUUGUGGAUAAACAUUGUUUUCAUAUUGUAUUUGCAUUGAAAGCUGAUGCUCAACAUGAUAUUGUUAAAUCAUAUCAUGAAUUAAGUCAACAUAUUGCCAUUUCAUUACGAUCGGAAGAGAAACGAUGUAAAUAUUUUACCAAACAAAGUAAGAUAAUGAUAUCAUGUCAUGAUGAGAUUAGUGUACCAUCGAUGGCCGGCGAUCAUCAUCAUCCAAGUGGUGAAAAUGCUAAACAAUCAUCGUCAACAACAGCACAACUUUCACCAUAUAAAUUAAUAUUGGAUAAAUGUCAAUUAGCCAAUGAAUUAAAGGAAAUAUUUUUACAAUUAUGUAACGAAGGAAUCGUACAGUUAAAAAUGAAUCAAUGGAUUAAUCUAAAUUUUUGUCUUCCACAAAAAGUACAUCGGCGAUUAAUGGAAUCACCAUUAGCACCACCGAUUACACCUGCUAACAUACAGUUAUGUUUGAAAAAACUACGUCCAUAUCAUACAUUCUUAUUGUUAAUUGAAAUGGAUUGUCUGCUACAAUCGUUACCGCAAGAUGUAUCACCAUCAUUCGUUCGUUUAAUUCGGGUAUCAAAUCCAUUGAAAAAUCUAUUGGAAUUAUCGGCCGAUGCCGAUAUUACAUUAUCACAAGUGUUCAAUAUUGUUGCCGAACUUGUAUAUUGGGGUAAAGCGACCAUAAUAUUUCCAUUAUGUGAAUCAAACCAUUAUAUGCUUCAUCCAUCGGCUUCGACAGCUAUCGAUUCUCGUUUCAUCGCUGAAUUUCAGCAACAAUUUCCCUGUGAAUCAUUAUUGCGAAUUAUGUCGAAAUUUUCGUUGGGCGUAUCGCUUAGUCAAUUUAAAAAUCCAAUGAAUAGUGCCGAUCAGGAAUGUAAAUUCGUGCGUAUGAUCGUAUGGAUGUUACGUAAACGGCUAUUACUUCAAUUACAUAUGUAUGUUUUAUUCCUUCCAUUAUCGAAUGAAUCACCAUCAUCAUCGUCAUCAUCAUCAUCGGUGACCAUCAACACUUCGUCGUCGUCGAUGAUGAUUAAUAAAGAUAAUCAUAAUAAUCGAUUAAUCCAUAAUAACGAACAACAGCAAACGGAACCGAUCCUAUUAUCCGAUCAAAUAUCGAUAACAAAUAGUAGUUCCUGUCCGACAAGUGAUACAUGUUCACCACCAUCAAUAGCUGCUAGUCCAAUUUCAUCAUCCAAUAUGAUGAUGACAGCAACAACAAUGCGAAUGGCUAUUAUAAAAGAAUUAAAUGAAACAUCACCAUCAUCUAUGAUGAAUGAUCAACAUUUAAAUUCGAAUCAACAACCACUGCCUCCACCACCACCACCAUCGUUAAUCGUUUCUAAUCCUUCCACAAUACCUUCGGAUACCAUUCCAAUCACUGAUCAAUCAUCAUUUAAAGAAUCAUCUGAAUUAAUAUUAAAAUCAAUAAGAUUAAAUGAUGAUGAAAUUCAACAGGUAUUAGCCGUACCAGCAGCCGAUAAUAUUGAUGAUAUACGUUUAUUUGCUAAAUUAGUACCAUAUUUUGAUGGACAUCAUCAUAUUGAAGAUAUUAUGUAUUAUGAAAAUCUUCGCCGUAGUCAUAUAAUAACAUUGAUUGAUAAAUUUCGUGAUGUACUCAUUGUUUGCCAUUAUGAAGAUACAACAGUGGCUGAAUUAUUACCAUAUAAUACAUUAUGA